GAGCAUCUUUCGAUCUCUCAGCCUCGCUCAACAAACCUCUUUCACCUACACCUACCUCGUGUCUAAUCACCCUCACCCUCAUUUUUAAACCCUUUGGAACUCCAAGAUCCAGCUUCUGCCCCUCUCUGAAAAUGGCGCCUCGAACUGACUUCCCCCCCGUGAGAGCCUGUCUCUUCGACAUGGACGGCCUCCUUCUCGACACCGAGGACAUUUACACUCUCUGCGUCAAUCUCAUCCUGGACAAGUACUCUCGCCCUUCUCUGCCCUGGUCCAUCAAGGCCCAGCUUCAGGGCCGCCCUGGUCCCUCCGCCAACAAGAUCUUCUUGGACUGGGCUCAGCUCCCCAUCUCGUCAGACGAAUUCGCAGCUGAAAACGCUGCCCUGCAUCAGAAGCUCUUCCCUGGCACCAAGCCUCUGCCUGGCGUCCCUGAGCUGCUCACCAGCCUGGUCCGCACGCAGGAGGCUGGUAUUGAGACACCCCCCGUGCACAUUGCUCUGGCCACGAGCUCGCACCUGGGCAACUUCAAGCUCAAGACGAACCAUCUCUCCGAUCUUUUCUCCGUCUUCCCUGCUAAUCGCCGCGUUGUGGGCGAUGACACCCGCCUCACGCCUGGUCGCGGAAAGCCUCUCCCAGAUAUCUUCCUCCUCGCUCUUAAGACCAUCAAUGAUUCGCUGCCCGAGGGAGAAGCUCCCAUCAAGCCUGAGGAAUGCCUCGUCUUUGAAGAUUCCGUCCCCGGCGUCGAAGCUGGCCGCCGUGCUGGCAUGCGUGUCAUCUGGUGCCCCCACCCGAUGCUGAAGAAGGAGUACGCCGGCCGCGAGGAGGAAGUCCUUGCUGGCCGAACUGGUGAGGCUGGACAGGUCGAUCUGCACCAGGUUGGUGAGUUGGGCGACGGCUGGGCUGAGUACCUUGUCAGCCUGGAGAACUUCCCGUAUGAGAAGUAUGGCAUGGUGAUUCCGCCUGUUAAAGCGUAAAGAGGGGAUCUAUAUGGAUGAUCUAUUUGGCAGCUGAGAUGCUGCAACAUCCUUUUUCCUUUUGCUUUUCUUUUUUCGAAUUUUUUCAACUUUUUAAAAUGGACAAACGAGCCGCCUUGUUCCUAGAACGAAGAUACAACUACUUUCCAAAUUAUGGCGACUGCAAGAUAUAAACCAAUGACAUGACGAGAAACAGCUUGGAGGAAACAAGUAACGAGAGAUGCCGGUGAAAUAGACUUGAAGAAAUGGGUUUCCAAUAUCCAGAUUGCGAGAUAGAAAGUUCUUCUCAAUAGCCGCUGAGCACUCAACAUAGAACACCAAAACCAUAGGGUACCUAGUACAAAUAAGAGGAUAUUCAACUCUAUU